CAAUUUUAUACGAUGGAAGGCAGACGAAGGCGUACAAGGCAGUACUGCUGGAUUGCUCUGCUUAUCUCUUUGUUGCUGUGCUGCGAGGAGCAGGUUUCGGCCCAGAUAAGGUAUUCUGUUCCUGAGGAGGUGAAAGAGGGGUCCGUUGUGGGAAAUAUUGCUAAGGAUCUGGGACUUGAUGUCAGUACUUUGGCAGAGAGACGGUUUCGUAUCGUUUCUGGCUCCAAGGACGCUCUGUUUCAGGUAAACCAGGGCAAUGGCGUUUUGUAUGUGAAUAAGAAAAUCGAUAGAGAGGACCUGUGUGACGGAAACAGUGCGUGUUUAGUUAACUUAAAAAUCGUUGUUGAAAACCCGUUGGAAAUACAUUACAUAGAUAUUGAAAUUUUAGAUAUUAACGAUCAUUAUCCCAGUUUUAUGGAUAAAGAGCUGAUCUUUGAGAUUGCUGAAUCGACUAUACCCGGAGAGGCGUUUCAGCUUCAGCCUGCACGUGAUCCUGACUAUGGCAUGAAUUCAGUUCGCUCUUACAAGUUAAGCCAAACGGAAUAUUUUGAUCUUGAACUAAGAGACAACGGAGGGGAAAAGAAAAUCCCAGUUUUAAAAUUGCGUAAAGCUUUAGAUAGAGAACGUCACAAUACACAUAUUUUAACUUUAACUGCCAUCGACGGAGGAAAUCCGCCAAGAUCGGGGAGCAUCAACAUCAGCAUAUCGGUUCUAGAUGACAAUGACAACAGACCACAAUUCAGCCAAGAACUUUAUUCUGUUUCUAUUGACGAAAAUGCUCCGGAAGGAACCCUUGUCCUUACAGUUAAUGCAACUGAUUUGGAUGAAGGACAAAACGGCGAUGUGAUAUAUGCCUUCGCCAAAAACCUUGAAAGACAAGUGUACGAUACAUUUAAUCUUGAUAAAAUCAAGGGAGAAAUCAGGGUCAACGGUAAGGUAGAUUUUGAAAUCACUGACAUUUAUAGAGCAGCAGUGACAGCGUCUGAUAAAGGGACUCCUCCAAAAACUACAACUUGCAGAGUGGUCAUAAAAGUGGUUGACAUCAAUGACAAUAAACCAGAGAUAGAUGUUACUUCACUGUCUGAUGUCGUUCCUGAGAAUUCAAAGCCAGGAACCGUUAUUUCUCUAAUUAGUCUGACUGAUAAAGACUCUGGUGUAAAUGGUAAAGUUUUAUGUAGUAUUUCGGACAACGCACCUUUUGAACUAAAACCUUCUUUUAAAGAAAACAUGUAUUCUCUCGUCACCAAAGAGCCCUUAGACAGAGAACUUGUGGCUCAUUAUGACAUCACAAUAACAGCCACCGACUUGGGCCAGCCUCCUCUGACCACUUCUAAAAAACUGAGUGUAAUGUUGUCAGAUGUUAAUGACAACAGCCCAGAGUUUUCUCAAAAUCCACUUGAGCUUUAUUUAGUUGAAAACAACUCCGCAGGUGGUUCUGUGUUUUCUGUCAGCGCCUCUGACAAAGACUUGGACGAGAAUGCUGUGAUCACUUAUCAUAUUAUUAGAGGGGACGGAACAGAAAAUGAUAUGACAUCUUUCCUCAAUAUUAAUUCCGAAAAUGGACAAAUAUAUGCUUUAAAAAGCUUCGACUUCGAAAGUAUUAAGACUUUCAGCUUCCAAGUAGUUGCUACAGACUCUGGUAUUCCAUCGCUGAGCAGCAAUCUAACACUAAAAGUGUUUAUUCUGGAUGAGAACGACAAUGCCCCGGUGAUCUUGUCCCCAGUCAGCGUUAACGGUUCUGCUGAAACAGUGGAGGAGAUUCCCCGAAAUGUGAACGCAGGCCAUUUGGUGACUAAGUUCAGAGCGUAUGACGCUGAUAUUGGAUACAACGGCUGGUUGUUAUUUUCACUGCAGGAAAUUACUGACCACAGUCUAUUUGGUUUGGACCGUUACACAGGACAGUUAAGGACCCUUCGUCCAUUCACAGAAACAGAUGAGGCUGAGCAUAAAGUGAUCAUACUUGUCAAAGACAAUGGGAACGUUUCACUUUCAGCAACAGUGACUUUGGUUAUCAAGGCUGUGGAGCCUAAAGAGGCUUUUGCGGCUUCUGAUGUCAAAAGCGUAGUAAAAGACGAGGAGGAACACAACAUCACAUUUCAUUUGAUCAUCACCUUGGGCUCAGUUUCAGCGCUCUUUCUCGUUAGUGUCAUCACGCUGAUUGUAAUGCAGUGCUCCAAACCUACAGACUAUUCCUCCAAGUACUUACAAGAUACAAAUUACGACGGGACACUGUGUCACAGCAUCCAGUACAGAUCGGGAGACAAACGUUAUAUGUUAGUUGGGCCCAGAAUGAGUAUCGGUUCUACUUUAGGCCCAGGCAGCAAUGGGAAUACCCUGAUGGUACCAGAUCGCAGGACAAGAGACUCCGGAGAGAGCAGUGCGGAUAAGAGGACGACGUCGGUAGGAAACGAUGACUUGAACUGA